AUGGGCUCCCGGCCCCGCCGACCGCUGCGAAAUCACUCAGUGGCCAGACAAGCCCUGAAUCUGACGCACGGGGUGGCCGAGGCCCUGGAUUGGGUGCGUGGCGCGGGGGCCCACCAGCCAGCAUUCUGCACGCGCUGGAGCCGCUGUAGCUCCCACCCGCCCGCGCCUGUUUAUGGAGCGGAGGGAGGGGUGCUCAUCAGCGGAGGAAGCGCCUGGCGGCCAAGGAGUGCCAGUGGGAGCGGGGGGUUGGGCCUGUGGAGGGAGGCCGAGUCCUCGCCCGAUGCCUGCCGCUGGGUGUGCGGAGGGCCAGGGCAGAGGCCUGACGGGUGGGUCUGGGAGAGUCUCUGGGAGCCCAGCGACGGGGCUGAGGCGGAGACGACGGGGAUCCAGGAGGCCAGCCCGGAAGAGACCGAGGCGGGAAAGAGCCCAUGCGGCGGGGUGGGGGUGAGGGAGACGGGAGGGAACGCCUGGGGGGCUUUUCAGCUGGAAGUUCCCGCCAGCUGCCAGGAGGAGAGGGGGCAGUGGGGCCGUCUUCCUACCAGGGCGCCUUGGGCCAUGCGGCCUCCGUUACAGCUCCCGGAGCCCACAGACUGCAGCAGGAGCCCAGUCUGCGGGCUUUGCCUCUGUGCUGCGAUUGUGGGCAAGGCCCUGCCCGUCCAGGCCCCCUGCACCCUGGUGCUGCUCACCUGCCUUCUCAUGGGGCCCCGGCACACACAGGCCCAAGAGAGUGCACAGAUAGAGGAUGCCCACCCACCCCCAGGCACGCAGCCUCCAGCCUUGGAGAGGCCCCCACCCCCCACGCCUGCAGCCUCCAGCCUUGAGGAGGCCCCAACCUCCUCAGGCCUGCAGCCUCCGGCCUUGGGGAGCCUUUAG